AUGGCUGUGGCGUUGUUGCCCUAUGAUUUCAAGCGAGUGCCGUUUCUCAUCAGAUUUGCAUUCAUUGUAUCAAACAAGACACAUAGUGCUGAAUGCGAGUGUGUUUCACACGUGUGUGUCGUGUUGUCUGUUGCAGCCGCCGUGGGGGGCGCCCGCUCCUUGCAGAGGUUCGACAAGCAGCCGCAGUACACGGAGGUCAACCCCAACGAGGACGCCUUCAUGGCGUGCAAGGUCCUCAACAAGAAAGGAACCUGCUACUGGCAGAAGGACAACAAGCCGGUGGGCAUGUACCCGAAGAAGUACGAGUGGUCGAGCGACGAGGCGAGCGGCGACUGCAGCCUGUGGGUGCGCACCGCGGCCAUCGAGUUCGACGACGGCGAGUGGGAGUGCCAGGUGACGGCGUCCGACUUCAUGGCGCAGGACGCGCUCACGUCCAGCCCUGCCCGGCUCGUCGUCAGAGUGGCGCCGCAGCGGCCGCGCAUAGAGUACAACGCCAGCCAGAUCCUGCCCGACCACAACGUGACGGCGCGCGUGGGCGACCGGUCCAAGGUGAAGUGCGUCAGUCGCUAUGGCAACCCUCCGGCCAGGCUCAAGUGGUUCCUCGGCGACGAGGACCUGACGCCCGGCACCAACCAGACCAACAGCUCGGAGCUGGACAGCCGCCGCACCUGGGUGGCCGUGUCCGUGCUGGCACUCAGCUUCUCCAAGGAGCACCACGGGAGGACCCUGCGCUGUGUGGCGCUGCACGAGUCCUACGCCACCAAGUCGCAGGCCAUCAGCGUGCGGCUCGACGUGCGAUACGCCCCGGAGACGCGGCUGCAGGGGGCGCCGCUGGCGGACGUGGAGGAGGGCGUGGACGCCGUGACGCUGCGCUGCGCCGCGGACGCCAACCCGCCGGCCACGGUGCUGUGGCGCCGCGCGGGCCGCAGCGACGUGGUCAGCGUGCAGGACGCGCUGCAGCUGCGGCCGGCGUCGCGCCGCGACUCGGGCACCUACACGUGCGUCGCGCGCAACUCCGUCGGCUCCAGCGACCCGCUGUCCGUGCACCUAGACGUCAAGUACCCACCGCGAAUCCUGAGUGUGGGGCCGGACCGGCUGGUGACGGCGCCGCUCUUCUCCCAGGCCUCGCUCGCCUGCUCCGCGGAGGGCAACCCCAAGCCCACGUACCAGUGGCUGCAGAAGACCACGUCGCCCGACGCAGCGGUGCUGCUGCGCGGCUCAGGCCCGGAGCUGCUCGUGUCCAACGUCACGUACGACUACCAGGGCGAGUAUGUGUGCAAGGCGACCAACGUGAUCGGCGGCCGGGAGCGCGUCGUGCAGAGCGAGACCAUCGCCGUUCAGGUCGUUGGCGCGCCGCUGGUGCUGCGCCAGGCGGCGCCGGGCGAGGUGGUGGUGGCGCGCGGCCAGGACGCGCUGCUGAGCCUGGUGGUGUGCGCGGACCCGCGGCCGCGCCUCGCGGCCUGGGAGUGGGGCAGCCUCAGGCUGGAGGCCGGCGCGGACCUGGGCCGCUACCGCGCCGACCAGCUGGCCCAGGACUCGCGCGAGGACUGCUACGAGGCCAGGCUGCACGUGGCGGGCGCCGACCCGGCCGACGCGCGCAGCUACUACCUCGCCGUGCAGAACGACAAGGGCGAGGACCGCCACGCCGUGCAGCUCGCCGUCACAGGUCACUUCGCAGACCCAGUGUCGACGGCCACCAUGCUGGGGCUGGCAUCCGGGAGUCUGCUGGUGCUGCUGGCUGUAGUCUGCCUCGUCGUCUACUCCGUCAGGAGAGAGAAGUGCUGCUUCGCGCGAACGGGUGACUUCAGGCCGUCAGAUCUAGAGAGUGAGAAGAGCGAGCUGGACGGGAGGAAGACGCCGAGGCUGGAACCGCCGUCGCUAGGAGGUCCCGGUGGGGCCAUACCGGCCGAGGCGGUCUACACCACCUCCCCCACGCGGCGGCCGCAGUCGUUCGCCAACAACUCCCCCGAGGCCAUGAAGGUGAGGCUCGCCGCCAUGGUGCUGCAGCCUCCCACCAGAGUGUAGCACCGUCGCCUCCCGCCGCCGGCCUCUGUCAGCCAUCUGGACUCUCCCGCCGUCACCCGUGUCUCCCUCGAGGGGGCUAAAAGUCACCCCAGGAGUGUCCGCCUGCACGUCGCUCGUGUGAUAGCCCCAUCGCCGUAGUCAAACGUCGAUCCGGUCAGCAGCACCACCUCUUCCUGCUAUGCGCACCUCUUGGUCUUCUGGACUCUCCCGACAUCUUCCAGGGCCAAGACUUCGAUUGUACUCGUGGUACUCAGUGAAUAUCAGAAUUAUCCAUUUGCACUUCCCAAAAGUUUUGCAGAUUCUUGCUGCACGACACUAUACGCUUCUCACCUCAUGGUCGUUCGGGCUUUCCUGGUGUCUCCUUUAUCACAUGAUAAAUCCCAUUAAGACUCGUUCAGAGAAUCAUUCGCUUGACAUCUGCCCACCAGAAUAUUGCUUCAUCAACUCCUGUCCUGUUGCACCUCUUGGUUUUCAGGUUCAUCCAAAAUUGCCAUGCGAUCAAUUCAGGGGGAAGUCAUUCCAAAAUUCCUGCAUUGCAUACUCGCACAAUAUUAGCUUUAUGGCUCAAACGGUUUUGGAAUUACUGACAUAAUUGAUGCACAACUUUUUUCUUGGCACUUGCAUGAUACUUGAUUUUGAAACCUCUCAGUAAUAUGGACUUUCCCAAUACUUUUCACUGCAGCAUCAAAUCCCAUUCAAGGGUAGACUACUGGUUUAUUCAACGCAAUAUCCAAAUCAACACCAUCCAACUUCUCACCCAAUGUCUUUUGCAUAUUUUUUAUCAAAAUGUAGCACCAUCAUACUGUUCAUACACAAAGCUAAUCCUUGUAACUUUUGGCCCCCUGAAAUACCCUUAAAACGAUCCAAAAUUCAGUUAAAGCCACCACUCCUGUUCUCUGACUUCACAACAACUCUCUUUAGUGUACAUUAGCUAUUCAAUAUAAAAUAAAUCCUCAAGUUGUUACCUGUUUUGAACUUUUAAUGCAAAGUGUCCAUUUUUGAAUAAUUUUUUUUUGUCUUUUGCUAUGACAUUUUCUGUCCACCCAGUAUUGGAACAUUUAAGACGUAUUUUGUUUUUGUUAGAAAAAAAAUUGGCUGCAAAAAAAUUGGCUAAAAAACAUAUGUUCUUAAUGGACAUCAUUUUAUAUCAAUACAUCCAUAACAAAAUUUUACUUCUCCUCUUUUCCUCUAUUCUCGAGAUGGUGGCCGUUCAUUUAUAUGUUGAACAUACUUAAGUUUGGCUGUGAUCGCUUCUCACGAGCCAUACACUCCCCACUCCGUGCACACACAGACACAAUCAUGUGCUUCGUCCGCGCCGAGGAGGAACCAGUGUGACGCGGGAGUCUUCCAGUUCCUGUGUGCCGGUGCCUCCUGCCCGAAAGGUGCCCAGAGUUCCUGAUCUGUUCGCAGUGGCGCGUCGGACUAGACAGCGCCCGCACGCCGACCUCGUACAAUGUGUACACCGACCUGCAGUCGGGGAACAGCGGGUCUGCCGCGAAAAUGAACAAUUGCCCGCGGCAGAACUUCCGCGCGAAGCCUCCGGACUCGUCCAGCUUCCAGCCCCCGCGAAAGACGAGAGAGUAUUUCCUGGCCGGCCACUUCCAGCCGAACAGUUUCGAACGGGCAGAGAUAUGAUCUCGUCCAGAAAGGAUGUUCAAGUGGGAUAAUUAAAAAAAACUGUGGGUGUUGGUUCAAUUCGUGUCCCAUUUGCGUAUUUAUGUGGAAAAUGAAUGUGUACAUGUGACCUAAGUUUACUUCGCCCAGUCCAAACUGAGUACGUGUAAAAUACUGUGAUGCUUAGUAAAAAAAAAAGACUUCAAUGACUUCUUAACGGUCACUUCAAUUUAGAUGUAAUGUUUAAUUUAUUUAUGCUAAAAAUAUUUUUUAAAAAUAAUGAAAGUGUGCAUUCAAGUGUUUUUAUGAUUGUUUUUAACAUUAUAAUGAGUACGAUAGCUUCGUUAUUUAAUUCUUCUGAAAGUUCUGGUAAAACCAUGUACCUGCCAAAUGUUUUUGAGAUGUUUUCCGCAGCGCAUUGACAGCUGUAAAUAAAAAGUUACCAAGAAACUACACAAAAAUACCACUUAGUCAACAUACUAUCUUGUAAUACAAAUGUUGAGCAUGUACAUUUAAAUUUAUUAAUUGUUAAAAAUGUUCAAGCUGGCAAGCAAGAUAUAAUUUUUAUUGAUAUGAGGUACGUUUGAAUCUGUAGAAUUUAUCUGUAAAUAAAUGUUUUCUAUGCCAUGUAAUAAAAUGAGAUUAUUGAAACUUAA